CUCACAAGACAAAAUUUCAGUGUCUUUCUUUCUCUCUCUCAAUUUUAGAAAUAUUUACAGAUCGAAGAUAGAUCUAACCCUGAGAGGAGAGGAGAGAGAAAUAGAUGGUUAGGGUUUAAUCAAGAAGAAAAGCUUUAUGUUAGGGUUUAGGGUUGGGAUAUGACUCAUGUUCGAGAAUGGAGAAGCUCCUCUCUGCUAAUGGUGAUCUUGCUUUCUUAUGUACUCUAUCUCUCUUUUGUAACUUCCCUUAUAGGGGCAACUCGGGUAUAUCCAGAAGCACCGACGAAGGCUGCCUCUCAUGCACCGGCUAAUAACCAAGAAAAUCUAAUGAAGAAGUACUUUGGUGCCGGAGAGUUUCCUCCGGUGAAUUCUUAUGUCGGAAAAGGGACCAGUGACACUAAAAGAACGGUACCAAGUUGUCCAGAUCCUCUCCAUAACUAGUCGACGCAGUUUCUUAAAUUUUUCUUCAUUUAUGUUUUAUUUUCUUGAGCCGUAAUCAAUCAAUAAGUGUUUUACCCAAAAUACCCAUGUUUUUCUCGUCAACGGAACGGAAGGGAAAAACGAGGGUAUUUUGGAGAUUUUAAUCACUGAUCUACAAACUUUUUCUGAUAUAUACAUUGACCGUGUCAAUGUUGAUGUUUUAUUAGAAAUGUCUAUUGUUAUUUUCUGCA